UUAUAAGUGGAUUACGUUAACUCUUUCUUGUUUUUUUUUUGGUGGAGACCAUGCCGUUAUUGACAGUUGGAGUUGCUAGGCGGUGCGGGGAUCCCGGCAGUGGCCCGAAUGGUCACACUCAAUAUGGCACGACAGUACCGACAAGGUGAAUGUAGUCGAGGACAUCUGUCCAUCCUUGAUUAUGUUUGCCUUGCCUCCAUAGAAGCGGUGUACCAAAUACGAUGAGUUACCAAUUCGUUGACUAAGUAAGCACGCAUUCGUGUAACUACGUCACCCCCUCCUCUAAAAGCUCCUCUGAGAUCCCGGGCAACGAAAUAUCAUACGGGUAUAAAUACCCCGAUCCGAACCCGCUCGGCGGGACUCCAGAUCCUCCCCAUCACUCCCCUCUCUAGAAUCGUAGCCAUGUGGACUUUCGCAGGAAGCACGGCUUUGCGCGCUCUUGCUGUCGCGGCUACCGUGUCUGCUCUGUCCGAUGUCGAUUUCUAUGGACAGUCGCCCCCUGUUUACCCAUCACCAAUUGGUAAUGGUAAAGGUGUCUGGGCCGGCGCGUACGCCAGUGCUCAAGAUCUGGUGAGCCAGAUGACGCUGGAAGAAAAGGCGAACCUCACUCGCGGUUUCACGUCGGCCGAUAAUGCCUGUGCUGGCAACACCGGGACAGUGCCGCGACUUGGAUGGCCGGGCAUGUGUCUCCACGAUGCCGGAAACGGAGUCAGAGCGACAGACCUGGUCAACUCGUACCCGUCCGGCAUCCACGUGGGGGCUAGCUGGGACAAGAAUUUGACCUACCAGAGAGCCUAUUACAUGGGCAAGGAGUUUAAGACGAAGGGAGUCAACGUACCCCUUGGACCUAAUGCCGGCCCUUUGGGAAGAAUUCCUCUGGGUGGUCGCAAUUGGGAGGGAUUCUCGGUUGAUCCGUAUCUCUCGGGUCAACUGGUGGCCGAGUCCAUCACCGGUCACCAGGAUGCCGGUGUGAUUGCAAACCUCAAGCAUUUUAUCGGCAACGAACAGGAGACUUUUAGACGACCGUAUUUCGGGGUUGAGGCCGCAUCAUCCAACAUCGACGAUAAGACUCUGCACGAGUUCUACCUCUGGCCUUUCAUGGAUGGCGUCAAAGCUGGCGUUGGCUCCGUCAUGUGCUCGUACAACCGGGUCAACAACUCGUACGGGUGUCAGAACAGUAAAUUGAUGAAUGGUAUUCUGAAAACGGAGUUAUCAUUCGAGGGAUUCGUCGUAGCCGACUGGAACGCCCAACACAGCGGCGUGGCUAGCGCGCAGGCUGGACUCGAUAUGGUGAUGCCCCUCGGCGGCUACUGGGGUGAUAACUUGACCGACGCAGUCCGUAAUGGCUCUGUCACCGAAGCCAGGGUCACUGACAUGGCUACCAGGAUUCUCGCAGCUUGGUACCUCGUCGGUCAGAACGGUUCAAACUUCCCGGAGCCGGGGGUAGGAAUCAAGAAUAUGACUCUCCCACACGAAGCCGUCGACGCUCGAGAACCCGAUUCCAAGCCAAUCAUCUUAGAAGGAGCUAUUGCUGGUCAUGUGUUGCUCAAAAAUGAGAAUGGCGCGUUGCCCUUGAAAAAGCCGACCAUGCUGUCAGUCUUUGGCUACGAUGCCACGGUCCCGGCGACGAAGAAUACCGACAUUCUUUUCGAACUUGCCUACACCUCAUCCCCAGAGAUGGCUCAAGCUGUCUUGGGCACCGUGCAACAUUUUGAUCAAGCCGCCAAAGGAGGCACAAUCGUCACUGGAGGCCGAGCUGGUGCCAACGGACCAGCCUAUAUCAGUGAUCCCCUAAGCGCCAUCUCUCAACGAGCCGCCCUUGACGACACCUGGAUGAACUGGGACCUUUCCUCCCCCAACCCCGAUGUAAACGCCGCCUCGGACGCCUGCCUCGUCUUCAUCAACGCCAUCGCAACCGAAGGCUGGGACCGUGACGGCUUGCAUGAUGACUUCAGCGACGGGCUCGUUCUUGAUGUCGCCUCCAAGUGCAAAAACACCAUAGUGGUCAUCCACGCCGCGGGCGUCCGUCUCGUCGACCAGUGGAUCGAGCACCCCAACGUCACGGCUACAAUUAUUGCCCAUUUACCAGGGCAGGACAGUGGACAGGCGCUUGUCAAGUUACUGUAUGGCGAGGCGGGUUUUUCGGGGAAAUUGCCGUAUACGAUUCCGAAGAAUGAGACGGAUUACACGGUUUAUAAGCCGUGUAAUCGGAGUUCGGAGGAGGAUAUGUUUCCGCAGUGUGACUACUCCGAGGGUGUUUAUGUCGAUUACCGGGACUUUGAUGCAAGAAACGUCACGCCGCGGUUCGAGUUUGGGUUUGGGAUGAGUUACACCACGUUCGAGUACUCUGCGCUCUCGGUGAAGCCCUCGGGACAGAACCUGAAGUUGCGCGGCGACUCCAACUCUAACAGCACGGGAGAUGGGCUCUGGGACAUUGCGGUUAGGGUCGAGACUACGAUCACGAAUUCUGGUUCUGUAGAUGGAGCAGAGAUCGCGCAGCUGUAUCUUGCGAUCCCGAAUAGUCCGCCCAAGCAACUCAGGGGGUUCGAGAAGGUGGCUCUUUCGCCGCUGGAAUCGGCGACGUUGAGAUUUGAGUUGACGAGACGGGAUUUGAGUGUCUGGGAUGUGGUGGCGCAGGAGUGGGUGAUCCAGCAGGGCACAUAUACGGUUUUCGUGGGGGCGAGCAGUCGCGAUGUCAGAUUGACGGAUAGCUUUGAGCUCUAGGGGGGCUUGAUGCGGGUACCGUUUGGCCUGGUGACUCAGUGAUGAGAGGGAUCGGUAGUUUCUGGGGAUUAAUGAUGAUAUAUUUGAAGAGAG